AUGCGUGUCAGACUCAAGCGGCUCCUACGGCGACGACGAUCUCCGAAUACAGAUCAGAAUAAUACACCGGAACAGCAGCCGAAGAAGACCUUUCCUACCGGCAUCAAACAGUUGUGUAGCCCAGAUGAUGGAACAAUCGACAUUGUCUUCGUUCAUGGCCUGACUGGUGAUCGCGAGGCGACAUGGACUGCCCGAGGCGCGACGGAACCCUGGCCCCAAACCCUCCUGCCACUCAUUCUUCCGAUGGCGCGUAUUCUUACAUUUGGUUACGAUGCCUAUGUUGCCGACUGGCGAGGUGUAGUGUCGCAGAAUUCUAUCGAUAGCCACGCGUGGAAUCUGCUGACAUCUCUUUCAUCGUACCGAGAAAAAGACGGCACAAAUGAACGGCCCGUAAUUUUUGUCUGUCAUAGCUUGGGUGGACUGGUUUGCGAGGAUGCCUUGUUCAAGUCGAGGCAACGGCCGGAGCGACAUCUCCACAAUAUCCUCCAUUUCACCCGCGGUGUUAUAUUUCUUGGGACCCCGCACCAUGGAGCUGGCCUUGCCAGGUGGGCUGAAGUCAUAACUCGAUCCAUCGGCCUCCUCAAGCAAACGAAUCCUAAAAUCAUUGAUGUUCUCAAGCGCGAUUCCGAGGUGCUUGCGCGGAUUCAAGACGGUUUUUACACGAUGAUCAAGGCACACAGCACAGCAGAAGCACCGCCGAUCGAGGUCACUUGCUUUUACGAGGAACUACCCGUGCUGGGAGUUGGUUUAAUCGUGCCACAAGACUCAGCCAUCUUGCCCGGUUACAUCCCUAUCGGUAUACAUGGUAAUCAUAUGGAUAUGACUAAAUUUGUCAACAUUGAAGACCCUGGUUUCGUGGCUAUCUGCGGGGAGCUGCGUCGGUGGGUCAAAGAUUCUGAUAUAAACAAGAGACGUCACGCGAAUCGAUCACCAGCCGACAAACCUGAUGCUGCCAGCCAACAUGGCGAUAAUGCUCGGCAGUAUAACCUUUUCGGUGAGGGAAUGCAGAAAAUCGCGGAUGGGCAUUAUUUUGAGGCGAAAGGGGAUCAGAAUUUCGGUAUGAUUCCACCUAAGGUUUAG